AUGAUAAGCACCCCGUUCAACAGCGAUGACUAUCGUGUUUACCCUAAACGAUGGAUCUACUUGUUGGCCGUUAGUAUGAUCAAUUUCUCCAAUGGAAAUACAUGGAUCACAUACGCCGCUAUCACAUUCUACACAAACAAUUACUACUCCAACAAUAACGCUGCUCUUUUCUUCAAUGUAAUCUUCAUGGUGCUAUCCAUCCCAGUCGGCUUCUUGGCGUGUUGGUGGAUUGACAAGUUUGGACUCCGAUCAGCGUACCACAUUGGAACAUGGGCAAACUUCAUUGGAAAUAUCAUCCGACUUGUUGCCUCAGGAACCUUCAUUGAUCCAUCGAUACGGUUCCCUAUUGCAAUCACCGGACAAGCUAUCGCGGCCUUCGCUCAACCAUUCGUGAUGUUCCUUCCCACAAAACUCGCUGCUUACUGGUUUGCGGAUAAUGAAAGAGCUAUUGCGAAUACGUUAUCAUCAAUGUCUAACCCGAUUGGAAUCGCCGUCAUGUACUCAUUGGCUCCAGUGUUUGUAAAUAAGACAACGCCAAAAAAUUUCUUUAAUAUGAACAUCGCUGUCACAGCUGUUGCAUUCAUCCCUGUUAUCCUAUCCCUUUUCAUCACCGCAUCUAAGCCACCAUCACCUGCAACACCAUCCAGAGCUGAGAACUCCGUGGAGUCUCCAUCUUUCCUCGACGGAGUCAUAUUAUGCUUCAAAUCGAAAACAUUCAUUGUACUCUCUAUUUGUUUAGGAGGAGGUGUUGGUCUUUUCAAUGCUCUCUACAACAAUUUGCAACCAGCACUUUGCGUGAAAGGGUACAGCCCGACGUUCAAUGGAGGAAUGGGAACAUUGUUGAUCAUGUCAGGACUUGUCGGUGCAGCGAUUAGUGGGAUCAUUGUUGAUAAAUGGGGGAAAUUUGAAAAAGUAAUGAAAGUCUCAUUUUGCGUAGCCGGAGUAGCAGCAGCUUCCUUAUCAAUAUGUAUAAACUACGAAGGAGUCGAGUGGUGGGUAGUCUUAUCGAUCUUUGUGUUUGGUGCUGCCGGAUUCUCGAUUUAUCCCAUUGGACUGGAAAUGGGGGUGGAGGCAACAUUCCCUGUAGCCGAGGCAACCUCAACAGGUCUUAUCAUUAUGAUCGGACAAAUCCAAGGUGUAUUUUAUGUGGUAAUGACCAAUUUGGCGGUUGGAAAACCAGAUCCCCAUGACAUGGCGAUUCAAACUUGCGUUGAUCAAAACGAUCAAAUUCAUACGGUGCUAACAUGGAAGUGGCCGUUCCUAAUUUGGCUGGCAUGCAUCUCAGUUCUGAUUAUGAGUUUCGUUGCAUUUUUCUGGCCGAAAUAUAAGCGAAGGGAGUACGAGCAAGCAAAAAGAUGGAACGAAAUUGAAUAA